AUGUGGAAGGGACUGCUGAAAGUGCAGGUGGUGAUGGCACAAUUGUAACAUUAGAGGAUGGCAGUGACAGUGAAAACAUUCAGGCAAACGGAAUUCCAGGGACUCCAAUUUCUGUUGCUUAUACACCAUCUUUACCUGAUGACAGAUUAUCUGUCUCUUCCAACGAUACUCAGGAAUCUGGAAAUUCUUCAGGACCUACCCCUGGUGCUAAGUUUUCCCACAUUUUACAAAAGGAUGCCUUCCUUGUAUUCAGGUCACUGUGUAAACUCUCCAUGAAGCCCCUGUCAGAUGGACCACCAGAUCCAAAAUCUCAUGAACUGCGAUCAAAGAUUCUUUCACUGCAGUUGCUUCUGUCCAUUCUGCAAAAUGCAGGACCUGUCUUCAGGACAAAUGAGAUGUUUAUUAAUGCUAUCAAGCAGUACCUUUGUGUUGCACUGUCAAAAAAUGGAGUCUCAUCAGUUCCAGAAGUUUUUGAACUUUCACUUUCCAUAUUUCUUACCCUCCUCUCAAACUUUAAGACUCAUUUAAAGAUGCAAAUUGAGGUUUUCUUCAAAGAAAUUUUCCUGUAUAUCUUGGAAACUUCUACUAGCUCAUUUGAUCAUAAAUGGAUGGUUAUACAAACGCUGACAAGGAUAUGUGCAGAUGCCCAGAGUGUAGUGGACAUCUACGUGAACUAUGAUUGUGAUUUAAAUGCAGCAAAUAUAUUUGAAAGGCUGGUUAAUGACCUAUCAAAGAUUGCUCAAGGAAGGGGUAGCCAAGAACUUGGCAUGUCCAACGUUCAGGAAUUAAGUUUGAGAAAAAAAGGAUUGGAAUGCUUAGUAUCAAUCUUGAAGUGCAUGGUGGAGUGGAGUAAGGAUCAAUAUGUAAAUCCCAAUUCUCAGACAACACUUGGCCAGGAAAAACCCACAGAACAGGACAGCAAUGAAACCAAACACCCUGAGACAAUUAACAGAUAUGGAAGCUUAAAUUCCUUGGAUUCUACUGCUUCAUCAGGAAUUGGCAGUUACAGCACACAGAUGUCUGGCACUGACAACCCAGAGCAGUUUGAGGUCCUAAAGCAACAAAAGGAAAUAAUAGAACAAGGAAUUGACUUAUUCAAUAAGAAACCAAAGAGGGGGAUUCAGUACCUGCAAGAACAAGGAAUGCUUGGCACUACCCCUGAAGAUAUUGCUCAGUUCUUGCAUCAAGAGGAAAGAUUAGAUUCAACUCAGGUUGGGGAGUUCCUGGGAGACAAUGAUAAAUUUAACAAAGAAGUCAUGUAUGCAUAUGUAGACCAACACGACUUUUCAGGAAAGGAUUUUGUUUCAGCUCUGCGCAUGUUUCUAGAGGGAUUUCGUCUUCCUGGAGAGGCUCAAAAAAUUGAUCGUCUAAUGGAGAAAUUUGCUGCUAGAUACUUAGAAUGUAACCAAGGGCAAACUCUUUUUGCUAGUGCAGAUACUGCAUAUGUUUUAGCUUACUCAAUUAUCAUGUUGACAACAGAUCUUCACAGUCCACAGGUUAAGAAUAAAAUGACAAAAGAACAGUAUAUUAAAAUGAAUAGAGGUAUCAAUGACAGUAAAGAUCUCCCUGAAGAAUAUUUGUCUGCUAUCUAUAAUGAAAUAGCUGGAAAGAAGAUCUCAAUGAAAGAAACAAAAGAAUUAACAAUACCCACAAAAUCCAGUAAACAAAGUGUUGCUAGUGAAAAGCAGAGAAGACUCCUGUAUAAUUUGGAAAUGGAACAAAUGGCUAAAACAGCUAAAGCUCUUAUGGAGGCAGUGAGCCAUGUUCAGGCACCUUUUACUAGUGCAACACACCUGGAGCAUGUGAGACCCAUGUUUAAGUUGGCGUGGACACCUUUUCUAGCUGCAUUCAGUGUGGGUCUACAGGACUGUGAUGACACAGAAGUUGCCUCUCUUUGUUUGGAAGGUAUACGAUGUGCAAUCAGGAUUGCUUGUAUUUUCAACAUUCAGCUUGAAAGAGAUGCCUAUGUCCAAGCGCUAGCAAGAUUUACGUUACUUACAGUGAGUUCUGGUAUUACUGAAAUGAAGCAGAAGAAUAUUGACACAAUUAAAACUCUCAUCACAGUGGCUCAUACAGAUGGAAACUACUUAGGAAAUUCCUGGCAUGAGAUUCUGAAAUGCAUCAGUCAACUUGAACUGGCACAGUUAAUAGGAACUGGAGUAAAACCUCGCUACAUCUCGGGGACAGUGCGUGGCAGGGAAGGUUCUUUUACUGGAACAAAAGAUCAGGCACCCGAUGAAUUUGUGGGGCUGGGACUGGUUGGUGGAAACGUGGAUUGGAAGCAGAUAGCAAGUAUUCAGGAAUCCAUUGGUGAAACUAGCUCCCAAAGUGUUGUUGUUGCUGUGGACAGAAUAUUUACGGGAUCGACAAGACUGGAUGGAAAUGCUAUUGUGGAUUUCGUUCGCUGGCUUUGUGCUGUAUCUAUGGAUGAACUGCUGUCUGCUACCCACCCUCGAAUGUUUAGUCUGCAGAAGAUAGUAGAGAUUUCUUACUACAACAUGGGCCGGAUAAGGCUACAGUGGUCUAGAAUCUGGGAAGUUAUUGGAGAUCAUUUUAAUAAGGUUGGCUGCAAUCCCAAUGAAGAUGUAGCUAUUUUUGCAGUAGACUCAUUAAGGCAAUUAUCAAUGAAGUUCUUAGAAAAAGGAGAACUUGCUAAUUUCCGAUUCCAGAAGGACUUCCUAAGACCCUUUGAACAUAUCAUGAAGAGAAACAGGUCUCCUACUAUUCGAGACAUGGUUGUACGGUGUAUUGCACAGAUGGUAAAUUCCCAGGCUGCUAACAUUCGUUCUGGCUGGAAAAACAUUUUUUCAGUAUUUCAUCUGGCAGCCUCAGAUCAGGAUGAAAGUAUAGUGGAACUUGCAUUCCAGACUACAGGACACAUUGUCACAAUUGUGUUUGAAAAACACUUCCCAGCAACCAUAGAUUCUUUCCAGGAUGCAGUAAAGUGCUUGUCUGAAUUUGCCUGCAAUGCAGCAUUUCCAGAUACCAGUAUGGAAGCAAUCCGCCUUAUUCGCCACUGUGCAAAAUAUGUAUCUGAUAGACCUCAGGCAUUCAAGGAAUACACAAGUGAUGAUAUGAAUGUGGCUCCUGAAGACAGAGUGUGGGUGCGAGGAUGGUUCCCAAUUCUGUUUGAGUUGUCCUGUAUCAUCAAUAGAUGCAAAUUAGAUGUAAGAACCAGGGGCUUAACAGUAAUGUUUGAAAUAAUGAAGACAUAUGGCCAUACUUAUGAAAAACACUGGUGGCAAGAUUUGUUUCGGAUUGUCUUCAGGAUAUUUGACAACAUGAAACUGCCAGAACAGCAGACUGAGAAAGCUGAAUGGAUGACAACUACUUGCAACCAUGCACUUUACGCAAUAUGUGAUGUAUUCACACAGUAUUUAGAAGUACUUAGUGAUGUUCUUUUGGAUGAUAUAUUUGCACAGCUGUACUGGUGUGUGCAGCAAGACAAUGAACAACUGGCACGGUCUGGUACAAACUGUUUGGAGAAUGUUGUCAUCCUAAAUGGUGAAAAGUUUACCCUAGAAAUCUGGGAUAAAACUUGUACUUGCAUGCUGGAUAUUUUCAAAACUACAAUCCCUCACGCGCUGCUGACUUGGCGACCAGUCAGUGGGGAGUUUGGCUCCGGAUCUCCCUCCGAUGCAAAAGAAAAACUGGAUACAAUCUCACAGAAGUCAGUAGAUAUUCAUGAUUCUGUUCAGCCUAGAUCUUCAGAUGGAUGUCCAUAUCAACCCAGCGCAGGGUCCACAGUAGGUGAAGAAAUGAGUAAAACCAGGCCAACAGCAAAAUUUCCAGAGCAGAAGUUAUUUGCUGCUCUUUUGAUCAAAUGCGUUGUACAACUGGAACUCAUUCAGACUAUCGACAACAUUGUGUUCUUCCCAGCGACAAGCAAAAAAGAGGAUGCAGAGAAUCUAGCAGCAGCACAAAGAGAUGCAGUAGACUUUGAUGUCCAUGUGGAUACACAAGAUCAAGGGAUGUAUCGUUUUCUAACAUCGCAGCAGCUUUUCAAACUUCUCGAUUGUCUGCUGGAAUCUCACAGAUUUGCUAAAGCAUUUAAUUCAAACAAUGAACAAAGAACCGCUCUCUGGAAAGCAGGUUUCAAAGGCAAAUCAAAGCCUAAUCUUCUGAAACAGGAGACUAGUAGUCUUGCCUGUGGGUUGCGCAUUCUGUUCCGUAUGUACAUGGAUGAAAGCCGAACCAGUGCGUGGGAGGAAGUCCAGCAAAGACUACUAAAUGUCUGCAGUGAGGCUCUGAGUUAUUUCCUCACUCUUACAUCAGAAAGUCAUCGGGAAGCCUGGACUAAUCUAUUACUCUUAUUUUUGACUAAAGUCCUGAAGAUAAGUGAUGAAAGGUUCAAGGCUCAUGCCUCAUUCUACUAUCCCCUGUUGUGUGAAAUUAUGCAGUUCGACCUUAUUCCUGAGCUUCGAGCUGUUCUACGAAGGUUUUUCCUGCGGAUUGGUGUGGUUUUCCAAAUAUCCCAACCACCGGAACAAGAGUCUGGAAUCAGCAAGCAGUAGCAGAUAGUGACUCCGUUUAAAAGUUGAUACUCCUCAGCUAAAUAAAAGGACCAGGUAGCUGAGCCAUUCUGUCUGGAUAUCCAUAAAAAAGGUUUCUUUGUAUGGCAAUGUGUAUCCAAGGGUUAACGGUACAGCUGCUUACAACUGUAAUUAAGGCUUGCAACACUCCAGUCCCUGUAUUUCCUGAUGGAUUGUCUCUAUCGGUUUCUCUUACCUGGCUCAUGCUGAGCACAGAGCCAGUUUUUAGCACAGUCCUCUCGUCGGCAUGGGCUGCAAUAUCCUUUACUGUCCUAGACAGCAGUAUAGCAACAGAUGUUUAUGGCGGGUGUGAAAGUAAAAUGUACCCAAAGAACUAUAUAUGUAAAGGUUUGAGCUUCUGCAAGAAGUACAACUCAGGAGAGCUGUAUUUUGAAGGAUAAAAUGUUUAUAGUGAAAAGAAUGGAGAUUAUUGUUCAUGGUAAAAGAUAUUUAGCAACUAUGUCUGAUAUUCUUAUUCUAAGAUUUUUGCACACUCAGGCUGUCUGAGACAUUGGUAAUCAUCCUUCUGUGAAAAAUGUACAGAUAUGCAGGUCUGUAAUAUAAACUCUUUAACACUAUACAGUUCUUCCUCAAUU